GCGGGGCCGAGGGAGAAGGAGAGCCCCCCUCCCGUCUCUGCCGACGAAAGCUGACCUGGCUCUGGCGAGGAAUAGUCGGGUUUCCGGGGAUCGGCAGCGAUCGGAAGUAGCAUCUUCCUCUUGACUUGGCAAGGCAUCUCCAGCGUUGGGCUUCCCUGUUUGACCAGCCAUGAUUCACAGCCUCUUCCUGAUCAACUCUUCUGGAGACAUCUUCCUGGAGAAACACUGGAAAAGUGUGGUUAGCCGCUCGGUUUGUGACUAUUUCUUUGAGGCACAAGAAAGAGCCUCAGAGGCAGAAAAUGUGCCCCCCGUGAUCCCCACCCCUCACCACUAUCUCUUGAGUGUCUAUCGACACAAGAUAUUCUUUGUGGCAGUGAUCCAGACAGAGGUACCCCCACUUUUUGUCAUUGAAUUUCUUCAUCGGGUUGUGGAUACUUUUCAGGAUUAUUUUGGAGUCUGCUCUGAGAUUGUCAUCAAGGACAAUGUCGUGGUGGUCUAUGAGGUGCUGGAGGAGAUGCUGGACAAUGGAUUCCCAUUGGCUACUGAGUCCAACAUUUUGAAGGAGCUGAUUAAGCCCCCGACCAUCCUACGGACAGUCGUCAACACCAUUACAGGAAGCACCAAUGUGGGAGAGCAGCUCCCCACAGGACAGCUGUCGGUCGUUCCUUGGCGAAGAACUGGUGUGAAGUACACCAACAAUGAGGCCUAUUUUGAUGUGAUUGAGGAGAUAGAUGUCAUCAUUGACAAAUCAGGUUCCACGAUUACGGCUGAAAUCCAAGGGGUGAUUGAUGCUUGUGUGAAAUUAACUGGGAUGCCAGACCUUACCCUCUCCUUUAUGAAUCCCAGGUUGCUGGACGAUGUCAGCUUCCACCCCUGCGUCCGUUUCAAGCGUUGGGAAUCAGAACGAAUCCUCUCCUUCAUCCCUCCAGAUGGGAACUUCCGCCUGCUGUCCUAUCAUGUCAGUGCUCAGAACUUGGUGUCCAUCCCUGUUUAUGUGAAGCACAACAUCAGUUUCCGGGACAGCAACUCAUUGGGCCGCUUUGAGAUCACAGUGGGUCCCAAGCAGACGAUGGGGAAGACCGUGGAGGGGGUGAUGGUCACCAGCCAGAUGCCAAAAGGCGUCUUAAACAUGACCCUCACGCCUUCGCAGGGGACACACACGUUUGAUCCUGUCACAAAGCUGCUGUCUUGGGAUGUGGGCAAGAUCAACCCCCAAAAGCUGCCCAACCUGAAGGGGACCCUGGGCCUCCAGGCAGGAGCCUCCAAGCCUGACGAAAACCCCACCAUCAACCUGCAGUUCAAAAUCCAGCAGCUGGCCAUUUCCGGUUUGAAAGUGAAUCGCCUGGACAUGUACGGAGAGAAAUACAAGCCUUUCAAAGGGAUCAAGUACAUGACCAAAGCUGGGAAGUUCCAAGUGAGAACCUAACGGUGGUCCUGCCCACAGAAAGGCUUGCGUUUGCCCUGACUUUCAGUCCAACUCUGUCCCAUCUUCCAGAGCUGCUCCUUGCUAUGGCCCACCUGGAGUAGGUCAAGGCAGGUAUCUCUUCCCACCCCCCACCCCCACCUAGCAAUUACACCUGGAUCUUAAAUUGUGAAGCUCUUGGGUGGGAUUGAAGAGCAAACGGGAAACUGAACCAUCUUCCCAGCUUACCAGCGAAUGUUUCAGCUCAUGAAAACCCUGCCCCCUUCUCCCUAUAUUUUGGCUGGCAUUUGCUUAGUUAUUUGCUGGCUGGAGUUCCAGUGGCCUCUGAAGACAGGAGGAGGAGACUUCUUUAGAGGUUGAGGGAUUUAAUCCUGAACACUCCUGCUCUUUUGCAUCUGGGACUCUUGUUUGUUUCAAAGACUGCCUAGGGAAGAACUCCCCACCCCGUAAAUCCUUGACAAAGAGCUGGCUGAAGAGGACUGGAUGGGGGAACAGGACACUCUCCUCAUUUCCUCCUUUCCCCUUUUAAAUGUAUGGGUUGGGGAAGAGGUUGGAAAGAGCUAAUAGUCUUGCGGGGGCCUGAAGGUCGCAUGGAAGAGGCACUUGAGCUCCUUGCAGAUCUGCCAAGGGCCGGGCCAACACACAUCUGCCUCGAAUGGCUUUUUGCAGAUUUUGCCUGUUCAUCCAGAGAGCAGUGGGACACAAAAUGCAACUGUGUUCAGGGCUGGUGCUGCUGCUGUACCAUCUUUCACUGUCCAAAAAAUCCCCGUUAUUUUCUUGACUGAAGGGUUGUAGUGAGAGGGGAGGCUGUGUCCCAUGUGUCCUACGUUUUGCUAAGGCAGCCCCUUCACCAACCUGGUUGACCUCCAGGCGCUUUGGACCACCCUGGGGCUGAUGAGAGUUGUAGUCCCAAACAUCUGGAGGGCACCAAGACAGUGAAGGCUGGAUUCAGGGAGUGGAGUGGAGUGGGGGGGGAGCCUGGGGCUUUUGCUGCUGGACUGUGGCUCGUCUUCCUGCAUGCAGGCACUUGUGUGUUGCUCUCCUGGCUGUCCUCUCUCUUACGCAUAUCGCUCCUAUACAAGUCAGAGCUUACAUCAAUUUGCACGCUUGUUUGUUUUAUAAAAAGUGGCAAAGCCAGGUUGUCUCCUUUUUGACACAGCAAACCAUCUUCUGAAUGUCCCCAUUGUUGAGAACUCUAAAAGCACAGCAUGCAGCUGUGAGCCACGUGGGGAGAAUCCAUGAAGCUGGUUAGUUACUGUGCCAAAACAAUCCUUGCACGCUGGACUUCACAAUUCAAGUGCC